UACGCCGCCAUUUUAGUGUCAAGCGUUCACUGUAUUUGAUGUGCUUGCUGCGUAUUUGUAUUCUAAUUAUUAUUAAAUAUUCUCCUUUUUAUGUGAUUAAAUAUCUUAACAAUUUUCUGUAAACCGGUUUCAUUGCUGCCUCGCAGGUUUUAGUAAAGCUUUAAUGCAAGGCCAAGCUAUGAAUCACUUUGGACACAGAGGUUUUGGUGGCCCACCCCAACCCCAAAGACAAGGUGGACGUCGUGGAAACAGAGGUGGAGGCUUUCGAGGAAACUCUAGAUUUGAACACAAUCACAGAAAUUCGACUCAACAAGGAGGUCAACGCCCUAACGAGGUAAAGCCAGUAACUCAAGAUAAGGCCCCACAGCAGCAGGCUACCCAACAAGCCCCAAAAGAAAAAGAGGUUAUCAACCAGCAGCCAAAUCAACAAAAUCAAAAACCUAGUCCACAGCAGACUCCGCCAAAACCACAGGAACCGCAAACACCAAAAGUAAACCAGAAUUCUGCCCUGAAGCAAGAGUCUAAAGAUAAUGUUGACAAGGCUACUCCUAAUGAAACAAAACCUAUCAUCAAUCACAACCAAUCUAAUUUCCAAAAGAAUGUUAAUGGUAACUUUGGUGGCCCUGGGAAGCAAGGUGGUUGGAGUCAAGGUAACCAAGGUAACAAGCAAGGUAAUUUGGGACAACAGCGUGGUCCCAGGGGAGAUUUCAAUAGAGGUCAGGGAGGACAAGGCCAAGGAGGACAAGGCCAAGGAGGCCAAGGCCAAGGAGGACAAAACCAAGGCCCACCUGGACAGGGCCCAGCUCGUAAUCAACAGAGGACUAACAAUUGGGCUGGGGGGCAGUUUGAUGGAAAACCAGCACAAAGAGAGGAACACAUGUUGGCUAAUAAGUUAAAGGACCUCGUGGGGCCCCUCCUCGAAUUGCCAACCAUUGAACAACCUGAAGUUAAGUUUAACGGAAGAAGUAGACUGUAUAUUGGUAAUCUUUGCAAUGAUGUAACAGAAGAAGAACUUCUUAAUCUCUUUAACCAGUUUGGAGAAACUGCAGAGUUGUUCUUAAAUAAGGAAAAGAACUUUGGUUUCAUUAAAAUGGAUUACAGAGUUAAUGCUGAGAAGGCAAAACGUGAAUUAGAUGGUAAAAUGAAGAAUGGAAGAUCUAUGAGAGUGCGGUUCGCUCCACACAACAGUGCCGUGCGAAUUAAGAAUUUACCGCCAUUUGUCUCGAAUGAACUCUUGUACAAGGCAUUUGAAAUUUUCGGAAAAAUCGAAAGAGCAUACGUGAGGGUGGAUGAAAGAGGGAAAACAUUGGGUGAAGGAAUAGUGGAGUUCUCCCGAAAACCCAGUGCUCUCGCUGCCAUCAGAAAUUGCUCUGAACGAUGCUUCUUUUUAACAUCAUCAUUGCGGCCGGUCAUAGUUGAAAACUUGGAAGAACCUGAUGAGUUUGAUGGUUUUCCAGAAAAGAAUAUUUCUAAAAAACAUCCAGAAUAUUUAAAAGCCAGAGAGGUCGGUCCAAGAUUUGCUGAAGCUGGAAGCUUUGAACAUGAGUAUGGAACAAGAUGGAAGCAGUUACAUGAGCUCCAUCGCCAGAAAGAGGAAGCCCUCAAGAAAGAGCUCGCUGCUGAAGAGGAGAAACUGGAGGCACAGAUGGAAUUUGCCAAAUACGAGCACGAGACGGAACUUCUCCGUGAGCAGCUCCGUCAGCGUGAGCAAGACAGGGAGCGGCAGAAGCGCAGCUGGGAGAUGGCGGAGAGGGCGGCGGACGAGCGCCGAGAGACAGAGAGGAUGCAGCUCAUGAGGCACGAGGAGGAGCUCUCGCAGCGCAUGCGCCUGCAAGACGACGAGCUGCGGCGCAGACAACAGGAGAACACUCUAUUUGUGCAGGCUCAAAGACUGAACUCAAUGCUUGAUCGUCAAGAACAGGGCAUGUUUGACAAUCAGCAACCAAUGGACGGAGGCUUCAGAGACCAGUUCGACAUGCCACGUGGAGGUUUUGACGACAUGCCGCAGAACCGAGUUUGGGAAGGACGCCCAAUGGACGAUUACCCAAACAAACGUCGUCGUUUCUAAAUAUUCUAAUGACGUCGCGAACUUCGUGAUGCGCGUAUUUAGAGGAAGUUUUGGUUAGGGACUAACUUCAAAGGGCUCUGCUAUUAAUACGAAUUUAUCCGUAUUCAGCAAUGUUACUUAAUGCGUUCCCGUAUUUUUCACUAACCGAAUACUUCAUUGGAAUAAUUCGAAAUGUGCGUUGCGAUCAAUUAGACGUAAUCAUGACUAUUUUCAUAUUAUACACUAAAUCUUAAAUAUUAGUUAAAAUAAGUGAUGUUUAGAAAAAAAAUGGUUUAUGUUUACCCGACAUAAACACCUAAUGAGUACGAUUGUACUUUCCAUAGAUAUUUAUAAGUAUAGGUCACUUUUAACUUACAGUAACUUAUAGUAACAGGCGAUUUUAUUCUCAAUGUGUUAUACUUAAAAUUUUAAUUUAUAUUUAAAGUUAAUUUAUAUAUAAUAACUAGUUUCUCUUCGUCUCCGACUAUAACAUAUAAAUAAAUUUGUAAUGUUUAAACGCAAUUGAAUAGGUACAUAAUUACUUUUGCACUAAUAUAGUAGUUAUUUAGGUUCAAUUUAGGUGUAUAAUAGACAUAAGAAAAUUUUAAAUUUCUAUUAUUAAAUUAUGCUCGAGCAUGAAUUGCUUUAAAAAAAGCCGUGAAAGAAUAUAAUUGUAAAAAUAAAAGUUACAAUGAUACUUUGCGUAUAUAUUUACAGUGCGUAGUGCAAUUAGAAUGUCAUUUUCUCUUGAAAAUUUCUAAAAUAAAAUAGCUUUUUGUAAUACACAUGUUCCUUCUUUGAUUUUUUCCUGAACUAGUUCUUUUCUAUAAUAUUUUUUUCAAUUCUUUGAAUAGUCAAUAAAUUCAUUUGUAAUAUAUCAAUAAAUUUGUAUUAGAUAAAAUUA